UGCGCUCGUUUGGUACAGAAGACAGGCAGGCGCAAUACCGAGUGCCCGCACAGAGUGAGGUGUACGAAUAUGUUCUGUUCCGAAGAACAGACAUCAAGGACAUCAGGAUCAUUAAUACACAACAGCUUCCUGAUGAUCCGGCUAUCGUGAUGGGCAUGGGCCCAGGAGAGAUGUCCACCGGCAGUGGCAACUACCCAGGUCAGCCUGGCUUUAAUCACACGAUGCCUUCGAUGCCGCCCCAGUACAGCGGCUACAGGGCCCCAGGGGUUGGUCGGACUGUAGGUCAUCAGCCGUUGUCAAAGCUGCUGUCUGGCUCUCGCUCGUCCACACCGUCUCUGUCUCGUAAGUCUCCCACCAACGACCAAGGUGUCCAAGUUUCACCCAACAAGGACAAGAAGCCUAUCCAGCCCCCAAUAUCUCGUGAUGGGGACAAUGAUUACAGGGACAGGAAUCAGAGGGAUGGAGAGUAUAGAGAUAGGAACCAGAGAGAUGGGUACUUUAGGGAUCGUGGUCAGAAUAAUGCACUCAAAGAAGACCACAGGAUGCAACGGCAAGGUUCACACGACCGCAGGGACCCGGACAACAGGAGAGAAUCCUUCCCAGGUCAGCAAAAAGGUGGCAGGGGUCAGCAGAACCGAGGAGGCUGGGUGAACCGAGGUGGUCGAGGCAGUGGUCCUGGCAUGAGAGGUCGUGGUCGAGGCGGAGCACCAGGAAACUUCAACAGAGCCCCGGGCUCAGGGCAGGCGCAGCAGAACAAGAACAACACAGGCAAACAGAACACACUCAAGUUUGAAGAGGAGUAUGACGUUGACAAGGCCGUCUCAGAGUUUGAAGAACUAAAAAAUAAAACAGCCAAGCUGAAAAUUUCUG